AUGGACCCCGAGCGCUGCGCGCCUUUCGGCGUGGGGCCCGCGUCGGGCCCCUACGAGGCCGCGGGGGACGAGCCUCCGGGCUCCCAGGGGACCCCCGCCACCGCGCCUCACCUGCACCCCGCGCCGCCCCGCGGCCCACGGCUGAUCCGCUUUCCGGCCUGCGGGCCCCUGGAGCCCUACCUCCCAGAGCCGGCCAAGCCGCCCGCCAAGUACCUGCAGGACCUCGGACCCGGCCCGGCGCUCAACGGCGGCCACUUCUACGAGGGCCCCGCGGAAGCUGAGGAGAAGGCCUCCAAAGCUGCCAGCUUCCCCCAGCUGCCCUUGGACUGCCGAGGGGGCCCCAGAGACGGGCCCUCUAACUUGCAAGGCUCCCCUGGCCCCUGCCUGGCCAGCCUGCGUGUUCCCCUGUCCCCGGGACUCCCAGACUCCAUGGAGUUGGCCAAGAACAAGAGCAAGAAGCGCCGUAACCGCACCACCUUCAGCACAUUCCAGCUGGAGGAGCUGGAGAAAGUCUUCCAGAAAACCCACUACCCUGAUGUGUAUGCCCGGGAGCAGCUGGCUCUGCGCACCGACCUAACCGAGGCCCGGGUACAGGUCUGGUUCCAGAACCGCAGAGCCAAGUGGCGGAAACGUGAGCGUUAUGGGAAGAUCCAGGAGGGGCGGAACCCCUUCACAUCUGCCUAUGACAUCUCUAUGCUGCCCCGAACAGACAGCCACCCCCAGCUGCAGAACUGCUUGUGGCCCAGCCCAGGGUCUGGGAGCCCCGGAGGCCCCUGCCUCGCAUCUCCAGAGGGCAUCCCCUCCCCGUGCAUGUCUCCAUACUCCCACUCUCAUGGGAAUGUGGCCGGCUUCAUGGGGGUGCCGGCCUCCCCUGGAGCCCACCCUGGCAUCUACUCCAUCCACGGCUUUUCUCCUCCCUUGGGGGGCCACAGCUUUGAACCCGCCUCUGAUGGCGACUAUAAGUCUCCAAGCCUCGUCUCGCUCAGGGUGAAGCCCAAGGAGCCGCCCAGCCUGCUGAACUGGACCACGUGACUGGCUGCGUGGACAGGCAGACUGAGCUGCCCACCCCCUCUUCCAUCCCCAACUGCUCCCCCUACCCGAGUCGGGACACCAGAGAGAACACCCUGCCUCCAAGCCGCAGAUGGCUGGAGGCCCGGGCAGAGUGGCUGGGGCCCUCAGGCUCCCACAAGGAACAAGCUACAGAGUCUUUUCUUUGUGGGGAUAAGGUGGGGCUGCCCAGGAGAAAGGGGGCUUCAAAGCAGUUAGGCCUCUACCUACCCAACUCUCAGCCCUCACCCAGACUCUGGGCUGGAAGGAGGAAGACGCUGUCCUGCUUCCGUCAGACUUCGUCCAAGUUUAAGUGCCAUUCCUCCAGCUGAAACAGCUUAAUUGGCUCCUCCUUCAGGGAACCCAGGAAAAUGGGUCGAGGACGACACAGGUCGAACUAGGAGGAGUUCCUUGUGACUUUGGGGAAACCAGUCUUUAUGACCACCGAGGGCCGGCUUCACUGCCCCCUCCCGUCACCAGGGGGCGCGCACCCAGUGUCUGGCAGUGACAAGGGCCUGGAAGCCCCAGGUCAGUGUAAAAGGUGCCCAACUCCCCAGCUCCAGCCAUGCCUUACUCCUGCCCUAUGACCCCUCCCCCAACAUGCUAUGGAGUCCUCUUCCCCCUCCUAGGGGGCAGAAAUUCCACCAGAAACCACCAAAUAUUUGGAUUCUCUUCCACGGAAUCAAGCCAGAGCUAUGCCACAGAAACCGUAAGCUCCCUUAAUUUACUCAUGGGAUCACUGGAUGUUGGUAAGAAUAAAACAGAUUUCCAGACUCUGAGCCCCUGAGAGCUCGGCCCCUACUUUUGUAAAGACCCCUUUGUGAAAAAUGUGCUGCCCAGCAUAAUAAUAAAGGUGGCAGUAGUUUUUUAUAUCAGGUGACUGUGUAUCCUCAGGGUUUGGCACUUGGUUGCUCUAGGGCUGGUCUGUGCCUGGGGUCCAGGCUGAGCCAGGCUCUCCUGAGGGCCUGGCAGGGAUCCUGGAGGCUAGGGGAAGGUGGGCCUGCAGCAGAGCCCCCAAGGCUGAUGCACACCAUGCCUGGCCCUGUCACCUGCCCAGGGUCUCUGUGGCUUCGGCAGUGCAGGGAGGCAGGGCACAAAGCCCAGCUCUAGAGUUAGGUUCAAGUGAAAGGGAAAACUGGGGUGGGAAGGGAAGUGAGAAAGCUGAGGUAAGCUCGUGGCUGAACUGACAACUGAGGGGAGGUGGAAUGGAAGACCAGGGAGGCCACUGAGGGCUCUGAGCUCCCCAAGGGUGGGGACCCCAGGGCAGUGGGGGUGGGGCAGCUCCCUUCCCCCAGACAUCCCAGGAGUAUGUCUAAGCUGUGAGGCAGAGACAAAAGCCAGGACUCUUUCUUGUGGUUUCAGAGUAUUACCCAUUCUAUCCUUCAACCGUACUUUCUGCCUUAUCUCCGCAGCCUGGAAGGCAGGAAAAAAGCAGGCCUGGCCCUCCCUCCCUCCCAGUAAACACAACCACA